AUGCUUAUCAUUUUCCAGAAUUGGCCCCUGUCUGCCAAGCUCUCCACUUACCUAACCAUCUGCUCAUUCACAUUCCUGGCCAAUGUCAACUCCAGCAACUUUACAGUCGCCACCCAGGCUAUAAUCAAGGAGUUUCAUGUGAGUCAGACCCAAGCGGGACAGCUGGUGUGCUUCAAUGUUUUCCUAUUUGGCGUGGGCAAUAUCUUCUGGGUGCCGCUCAUGCGAGUAAUCGGGAAACGUCCCGUCUAUCUGGUCGCGAUGCUGUUCCUCUGCGCGAUGAACGUGUGGUCUAGCAAAUGCACCAGUUACGAUGAGCUACUUGCUUCGCGCAUCCUGUCAGGGUUCGCGGCUGCGGCGGCUGAUGCCACAGUGCCUGCCGUCGUGGCCGACAUGGUUGCGGCCAAGGACCGGGGGCACUACAUGAUGUUUUUCCAUCUUGCGAUGACGGCUGGUCUAUUCGUGGGGCCUUUGAUCAAUGCGUAUCUCGUGCAACAGCAGGACUGGCGCUGGAUGUGCUAUUUCCUGUCGAUUGCGGUCGGGGUGAUCUUCGUGAUCGCUACCUUCACUAUCCGGGAGACAACGUACCUGAAGAACCCGGAAAGUCGAGGCAAACGAUCACAAUGGCAGUGGAUGUCCUUGACACUGGGUUUUAACCGGGAUGCUUCAUUUCUGCAAGCGCUGUUGGAUAUUCUAGCCAAUGCCGCUUAUCCGCCGUUGAUCUGGUGCUCAUUGACGAUUGGAAUCUCGGUUGGAUGGAAUAUUGUGGUCCAAUUGACAUCCUCCCGCACAUUUCUCAAGCCGCCUUACAGUUGGAAAUUAGGUGAUCUUGGUCUUCUGUCCCUAGCCGGCUUUAUUGGCUGCGUACUGGCAUUUUAUGCGGGUGGCCGACUGAUUGAUAUUAUCUCCAAUCGGAGCACUAUGAAGCACGGUGGAGUUCGCAUGCCCGAGUAUCGACUACCGGCAAUUGUAAUUCCCGGAACCAUUGGACCGGCGGGAAUCUUGAUUUUUGGACUCUGCGUGGCGCACAAGACCCACUGGAUUGGACCCGCUAUAGGAUAUGCCAUGCAGGCCUUUGGCGUGGCUGCUAUAUCGAACGUGGCUGUGACCUACUCGCUAGAGUCAUAUAAGCCGGUUACUGGCGAGGCCCUAGUGAUUAUAUUCGUCAUUCGUAAUACCAUUGGCAUGUUAUUGUCUCUCUAUGCAGCAGACUGGAUUGAACGACAAGGCACAGCCUCUGUGUUUGGAGAGAUGACGGCUAUCCAAGUUGUGAGCGUCCUUUGUGCUAUUCCACUAUACUUUUGGGGUCCAUCCCUGCGGGCUUUCACAUCCAGAUACGGGCCGAUGAAGCGAUUUCGGGAAGCGUGA